UAAGGCGUCACAUUUCCAUUUUAUAACUAGAGAAUGUUGUCUCCUAUUCACCAAGUGCUGAUGUAUAUUCCUUCCGGUCCCAAUGGGCCCUGGAGACGCGCGUCUCAUUCUGGUGUGGCCCAAUAAAUCCAUUACAUCUCUUUUCUGUUUCUUGGGUGCUGUACGACCCAUUCUUUUCAUUCCCUCAGCACGUUCCUUCAAAAAUUGAAAAACCAUGAUUUAUUCACUUGCUAUCGCGGUGGCCGUUCUGCUUGUCGCCCAGCCCUCUGGCGGGCUGGCGGGCCCUGCACUAGCAAAAAAGCAGUGGGCCGGUUGGUCGCCUGACCAGCUCUGUAGUGGAGGGGUCUACGGACGCGACCAACCUUGGUGGAUCUUCGCUAGCAUUAGCUCUGACUCUUGGGGAUCCUUCUUUUCGUCUCAGGCCUGCGAGACUGGUAGCUUUGCUAGCGCGACAAACAGCGCUUCGUGGCCUUCUGCUACUGAUGUUGAGACCUCCACGUACACUGAUGUCCCUUCUGUAACCCAGAUUUCUGUGGAGGAAUAUAGUCCAGAAUCCACCAGCGAAGCUGCUGUAGGAGAGACUACUGUUGAAACGCAAACACCAGUAGAAGGAAGUGGAGUUGAAAGCACUGCUACUGUGACCUCUUCUGCCUCUGCAUCCAGCUCUUCGUCCUCGGCAUCUUCAGGUGACAUUGACGCAUGGUUGACCGCACACAACACUGUCCGACAGCAACACGGUGCUGAUAACUUGACUUGGAGCGAUGAGGUCGCAUCAACUGCACAGGCAUGGGCUGACCAAUGUAACUUCGAGCAUUCUGGCUCGUCUUAUGGAGAAAACUUGGCUGAAGCUUCUGGAGAUGUGAAUAUUGCGGCUGCUGUACAGUUGUGGGCCGAUGAAGCUUCGGAAUACAACGCUAGCAACCCGACCUACUCGCAUUUUACGCAAAUGGUUUGGAAAUCUACUACGGAGCUUGGCUGUGGUUACGCCAAGUGUUCCAACAUUUAUUCAGAUUAUGGAGGUGGAGUACUUUAUGUUUGCAACUACAAUCCUGCUGGGAACAUUGAUGGAGAAUAUGCCGAGAAUGUCCAGGCUUGAAAGCAUUUAUGACAUCGGGAAUGUGUGGCUGGGCCACUACGUAUAUAUUUUGAAUUAUUUACAAAAAUGUAUCGAUACAUGGUUGAUCCACGAAGAUG